UAUUUUAAUUUGCAGCCUUGAAGCUCUACUUGCGCAGUUCAAGAACCGACCUACGAACCAAUCACCACUACAACCACCACCACCACCACCACCACCAAAACCGUCAUAAUGUCCAACACCAUCGAAACCGGUCUCCCCGAAGACUGGGAAGUCCGCCACUCGCAAUCCAAGAACCUGCCCUACUACUUCAACAGCGCCACCAAGACCUCUCGCUGGGAGCCGCCCUCGGGCACCGACGUCGACAAGCUCAAGAUCUACAUGGCCAAGUACCACUCGCCUACGAGUCAGCAGCAGCAACAACAACAGCAACAACAACCACAAGGCAAGAUCAGGUGUGCGCAUUUGCUGGUCAAGCACAACCAGAGCAGGAGGCCCAGUUCUUGGCGCGAGUCCGAGAUUACCCGCACCAAGCAAGAAGCCCUCACUACCCUGCAAGGAUUCGAACAGCGCAUCAAGUCCGGCUCCAUUUCCCUCGGCGAGCUGGCCCUGACCGAGUCCGACUGCUCCUCUGCUCGGAAGAGGGGCGACCUCGGCUACUUUGGACGCGGCGACAUGCAAAAGGAGUUUGAGGAUGCCGCUUUUGCGUUGAAGCCCGGCGAAAUCAGCGGCAUCGUGGACACGGCUAGUGGGUUGCAUUUGAUUGAACGGCUCGAGUAGGAUCCCGAUACGCCACGACAACAAAUCAUGACCACUACCUCUGAUAGAGAGGAACUUCAAAGGGCGCUGAGAGCGUGCAUGACAGUGUAGGAAAGAAGACAAAUCAGGGGUUCUGCUUCUAGCGCGGCGCUUUGCGAUGGUACGAAGGAGAGGAGGAAUUCGAGGGAUGAGACCGGGAGCACGACUCUUUAUACCGAAGACCAAAAGAUGAUGGCCGCGAUGACGCAUUACGCCAUUAUGCGGUCACUGGAACUUUGAUAUGUCGGAUUACCUAUUGUACGCAGUACGAAGAAGGAAGGCAACGAGGGCCAGCCAGGAACGCUGAUUCCAAUUUCUCCUGGCUCAAGACGGUGCUGAUUGGGGGGAAACUGACCCAAAAGAAAACAGCCGGAUAGGGGUUGGAAAACAAAAAAGCAGACAAAAUAAAACAUUUCCUUCACAAUUUGAG